AUGGGCAAAGGAGGUCUUUACAAAGCUAUCUCGCAGUUCGCAGGUGCCCACUCCGGCGCUGGCACUCUGUCCACCGUCAAAGAGGCGCUUGAAUCUGUUGACAUGGUCAUCUGGAUCGGCAACUAUUCAUCUGACUUCAAUACCGGCGAAUUUACAACUGUUUUAGAUAAGGAUGCCAUUGUGAUCGACCUCCAACAUUUCUCGGUCUCUGUUGCUAACUCUCUCAUGUUCUCCAACGUCUCGUCGACUCUCUUCGUUCAAACCCAGUUUCCAUCGCUUCGCGAGACGUCACUUGGGAUCCAUAUCCAAAGUUCAACUUCCAAGCUGGUGACGAGCUCAAGCAAAAUUUUCUCUGGGGCGUAG